CCAUGCUGAUGGCUGCGCUCGGCCCCGCGCAGGUACCACGACAAGCAGGAGGUGACCAGCAACUUCCUGGGGGCCAUGUGGCUCAUCUCCAUCACCUUCCUCUCCAUCGGCUACGGGGACAUGGUGCCGCACACCUACUGUGGGAAGGGGGUCUGUCUGCUCACCGGCAUCAUGGGUGCCGGCUGCACGGCUCUGGUCGUCGCCGUGGUUGCCAGAAAGCUAGAGCUCACCAAAGCAGAGAAACACGUGCACAACUUCAUGAUGGAUACGCAGCUAACAAAGCGGGUGAAAAAUGCUGCUGCCAACGUACUCAGGGAAACGUGGCUCAUCUACAAACACACCAAGCUGGUGAAGAAGAUCGACCAUGCCAAAGUUCGGAAACACCAGCGUAAGUUCCUCCAAGCCAUCCAUCAGUAAGUGCCAAACCUUUACCUGCUUCCUACGCGGCGCUCGCUCGGCCGUGCCACCACCGUGCCACCACCAGCCUGGUGGCCGCAGCGUCCCCUGCCUCUGGGCCCUGUUUGUGCCCCACGUGCUCCUGUCCCCUGGGCUGGAUCCGGCCUUUCCCCUGCCCCGUCCCAUGGGGAGGGUGC